AUGGAGAUAGAUCCCAACAAUACUCACCGGUACAUCAAGUCCACCUUUCAGCGCCUACUCCCAGGCACUGUGUUCCCCACUCCCGUAUUAUGGGCGUUACUCCCCCUAGCCUGCCCGGCGUGCCUGGAAGAAACCGAUCCGAAGACAACACCAUUGAAAUAUAUUGUACAGUACCCAUUUGGGUGGUGUGUUGCGUGUGCAAUUAAGCCAGUCGGUGUCAAAGGCCACUGGUAUUGCACGUGGAGUUCCGCCCAACUGAACCACGAGAUAGCGUCCAUCAACAUUGGCAAUUGGCCCCCGAAUCCUUUUCCUAAACCGCGUCCGGCCCCCGCAGCGCCUAUUCCGAUCACACCCAGCCAACAGUUGUUGAAUCAACUUUUCAAGCCCCCCAAAAAUCAACCGCGUUUGCUCGCCAGCAAUGGCAUACUAUGCCAUGGAGUGAACGGGCAGACAGGCGCCACUCACAAAGGCAAAGACACUCGGAGAGGAAACAAGGACUGUGUUUUCAGGGCUUGCGCCGCUGUUCAAUGUUGGAAACAGUGCUGUCAAACGUUGGGUGAUCAAGCGUGUGGGGCCAAAGGCCACCGGAAACCUUCACCUUCCGCGCCCAGUGGACCUUCCACGGUCCACCCGUUUUUGAAUCGUACAGAGAAGGAUGUAACCAAGUCUGAUAUCAAUUAUGAUAUCAAUUCCGAUGGUUUGCCAGGCACGUUACGCUCUGCUCGGCCUCCCCCAGUCCCCCAUUGCCGCAUCCCGCUUCAAAGCGCCCAGACUGGCGGUCGCUUGGCACACAAAUUUAGCCCUUCUCAGCUCGCCACUUUGUUCAAUAUGCGAUCAGAGCGGGAGCAAAGCAUCCCUCGUAACCAAAAAUUUGAAGCUGACGCAGCGAAGGUGGUCACUGUAAUUGCUUGGCUUAAGUGGCCGUCCUUCGCCUUGCAUCAGUCUCAAAAGCUGGUCAACGCCGCUGCCCUCCAAGAGGGUCUGUCUGCCAACUCCUCAUGGACUCGAUCGCUCAGUUUGUGGGAUCCGCAAUUGUUGGGAUGGCUCAGCACAGACAUCGACCUACCGACACGCUUUCCCAUCACCCCACGUCAGAUUUUGGUCAAACUUGAGGGAAUAGAAAGGGAAGAGUGUUUCCAGUUCGAUCGCCUGUUACACACAACGUACGAUUCCAUGCCUGGCCCCCUUAAUCCUCCUGGGUAUCAACGAUCAUCAGCUCCCUCGACUUCUUGGCUCCAGAAUGAACCCACACCGCUUUCCACCAUCGCUGAAAACUCUCAAGCAACACACAAUGUGACUCCUUGUCAUACUCCCCCAGAAAUUCUUUUGAACAUAACCUCACCCGAAAACCCUGGGGCGGAGGUCGUUCAAUAUGAUCCAGCGACUCAAGAUCCCAAUGUUCCUACCACAGCUUCAAUAGUUCUCAAAACGGCGUGGCCCGACGUUGAAGCCCCCAUGAGUGACCUCUGGGAGUGGUGCAACAUGAUGAUUACAACACAGAUGGAGGUAUUACCUGCGUGGGACGUCUUUUUUGCAGCCGAUUUUGAACGUAAAGAUAGCACUGUCUAUUGCUAUGCUUGGUGGCUCAAUCGGAUUGCCAAAAUCCCGCGGGCUUGGGACAACUGGAUUAAACAGCAGACAAGCCUCGGUGACCCUGUGACAAUUUUCGCGGGGCGCAAACACUGGCGUGCGUUGUUCACUGCAGUGGGAUGUCCUCCACCUGCCGGAGCACCAGCGGCUCCAGCAGGUGGAGCUCCUGCUGCAUCUUCUCAAGCUCCCUCUGCCACUUUGUCUAAUAAUGCACCGGUUCGCCAGAAGAGCAAAAAAAGAAAACUCGGAAAAUAUGUUAGCUUUGUAACUGCCAAAACUCAACGUGGUAGCUGUGACAUCAAGUCACAAAUCACACAGCCGACAUUCCCUCGAUCUUCCUCACGAGAACGGAGGAGUGCCAAUGGAGGAGUGCAUUGCUUGGACGCGAGUGAAGAGGAGACUAAGGAUGUCUUUUUCUUUUUUCUGAAUUAUUUUUCAUUCAUGCUAGAUUACGAUUCUGAUAUUGAUAUCAGCAAUGCCGACCUUACGGUUUUGGCUGACACCAAAACCAUGCCUACUCAAGGUACCGUACUUGAGGUGGAAGUCGACAGUAGUGACCCACCACGCGUCAAUGCACCAAUAGCCCCCGUUGAACAUGGAGUUGAAAAAGAUGAUGCUGCGGAGGUUGUGCCUGAAGUCAAAGACAACGCUGUUGCUGAGGAGGAUGACAAAUUCGAGGAGAUCAUUCCUAUCACCCUGCACUACGUGUGUGGAUUUGACGAUCCUGUUUCUGCCCAUGGACUGAACUUACUGGACUCACCACUCUUGGGCCACGGCUUGCUACCAAUUGUACAACUUCCCCCCACCCCUGAUACCAAUGUCACAAUGUUUUCCCUCCUCGGUAACCCUGGUGAGGACGUUGUAGAGUGGUCUUUCAAGGGCAAACAUGCCCAAAUCACUUUCACGCACAAUCUCAUACACCGAUGGAAUUUCCGCUCAACUUACAAGGCCAAAAUUACAUGUGGUGAUCAACAGACUGUUCUGGGUGUCCGGGCGUUCGCCAAUCCGGAUUUCUCCCUUGAGACUUGUCUUGGAACAGCCCAGGCCUAUUUCCACGUCGCUGUGUACCUCGAACAGUUCCGGUACGGCCUCGUGCCCCUCAUGCCCCCUGGGAAAGGGCGUGACUUGGAGCGGGAGACUCUUAUAGCUCUGCGAUUCCAAGAGAAACUUGUGGGAAUGAUGCACGAGGCGCCUGAUCUUGGUAGAGGCCUUGGUCAAUUGAAAGCUUUCACCGCUGAAGAGUUGAUCGUGGGUCCUUGGGAGAAGUACAGCCUGGAGACCUCUUUCUUUCCAAUCAAACCCCAAACUGGUCAUCACGAUCUUUCUGAGAUCAUGCGCCACUUGCUUAACGCUUUUACUCACUGGACAUAUCAACGGAGUGGCCAAACCGGCUUCAUUACGGGUUUCCAGGGUGUGGGGUCCGUGAUCACAGAGGCAGUUAUCCAUGAUACCACGUGCGCGUCUCCCUAUCCCUAA